ACGAAGCAGUAUUAGGACCUAGAACCUAGAACACACAGGAGACAGAGAGGUCUAGGCAGUUUGAUGCGUAGGAAACGCAAGUACUUGUAGCUUAGAGCUUUGAAAAAGUUAGUCGAAUGAAAAAAUGGUAGCUACAAAGCACCGAAUCGCGUCCCGGUUUGAUAAAUCAGACAAUCUAGACGAUUGGAUCCGUAAGAUCAAGAACAAGAAGUAUGUCGUCAAGCGUGAAACCCGCGGACAGGACCUGCGAGUGUUGGCCAUGCUGUCCGGAGCGCUUACUCACGCCGAAGAGUGUCUGCGGCGUGAGAAGAUCCGGAAGCAGGAAGAUAGAGCCAUUAAGUGGGCCCGGAUCCGAUCGCGGUUGGCCGAGCCCCCGCGGAUGUACUGUGACCUGGAGGAGGAAGAGGAAGAAAAAGCCCGUAACGCGUCCAACGCCAUCUGGAGCGAAGACUUUAACGGAAUCAAUAAUUUCAUAACGGAACUGAACAGUAUCAAGACUCCUCUGAGUCGAUAGGACCUAGGGGGCCCAGUCCCAGAGCAUGAACUUAACUUUCCUACAAUCAAUCGGAACUAGAUUUCCUUCUUCUUUGUUGUCGGAGUAGGGAACAAAACGCUCGAUCUCGGUAGAUUUAGAAUCGUGCAAACGUGCAAUCAGAGUGCUAGGGAAUCCAACUCGCCCUCCGAAAGCGUCCUCGCCGUGAAACGUUUUCCCCAUCACCUUAGAAAAAACCCAAACACACAAGUUGCGAAAAUCGGUCGCCAUUUUGAAAUUGAAAAUUUUUCAGCACACUCGCUGCUGACUCGACCCGAGAUAGCUCGCUCAUACACACACACUAGCAAAGCCCAUGCGCGAACACGAGUCCAACUUGUAACGCAAUGGCGUCUCGUCAGUGUGAUGUCAUGGAGAUACUCGUGAUCGCUUGUGACGGUUUCUGUGUCAGUGUGUGUGUGUGCGCUCUCGGUUUCGAGAACAACGGGUACGUAACUUUCCCUUCCCGAAAACAGAAAAGAAACGGGGUACGAGUGCAAUGUUUUCGUUUUGCCUUGGGUUCUCCCCACCCAAACCGAUCCAAGUAGGCUCCUAGCUUUCGGUGGUGGUGAUGGAAACGUUUCGCGUCGGGGCCGUCAAGGUGAGUGGCGAUAGGAUAGGUCUUUGUUUCGAAUCAAGAAAAUUCCACCGAUGCAAUCGUGGCUACUAAGAUGGGCAGUAGAGAGAGAGAGAGACAAUGAUACCGAGAGUAGCGAUGUGAUGAGACAAAUUUCGAUGUGAUGGAUUAGAAGUUUCGAAUAUUUUUGUAAAAGCUGAGUUGUACAAAUCAAAUGUAUUUUAGUUUUUUUUUUCGUCGUCGUCCUCCGACAAGUCUCGAGUAUGAGGAGAAAAACUGUGUAAAUGUAUGAAUCGUACUCUUAGGAGCUAGGGAAGAAAACUUGAAAAAUCAAAAAACUCAACCACU